GCCCAUCGAUGGAUGCUCGGCUGUCUUCAAAGCGCGAAGACCUACAGGUGGACUAACCCGAGGACUUGAUGAGAGGGAGCUAAUAUUGGGACUCUUUUAGAGGGGGCGGGGGGGGGGCGGCACUAUUUCCGUGUGGCGAGUGGAGAUGUCCGAGGAAAACUUGGGGGAAGAGUCGAGCAGCUCCCCGGUCUCCCCUGUGGACAGCAGCCCGAGCAACAGCGAGGGGGAGGCGCACACGCAGCCCAAAAGAAGCGCCAGGAAGCGGAGGCCGAGCAGGAAAAACGCCGCCGCCACCGCCGCCGCCGCCGCCGCUGCCGAAGACUCGGACAGCCCGAGCGCGGCAGGGGGCAAGCGGGGCAAGAAGUCGAGCAGCAGCGGCGGCGGCAGCCCGCAGUCGCUGGAGGAGCUCCAGAGCCAGCGCGUCAUGGCCAACGUGCGGGAGCGUCAGAGGACUCAGUCGCUCAACGAGGCCUUCGCGGCCCUGCGCAAGAUCAUCCCCACGCUGCCGUCCGACAAGCUCAGCAAAAUACAGACGCUCAAACUGGCCGCCAGGUACAUCGACUUCCUGUGCCAGGUGCUGCAGAGCGACGAGCUGGACGCCAAGAUGUCCAGCUGCAGCUAUGUGGCGCACGAACGGCUCAGCUACGCCUUCUCCGUGUGGAGGAUGGAGGGCGCCUGGUCCGUGUCCACAUCUCACUAGCGCCCGCGCGACUCGAGCCCAACACGGUGACUGCUGAUUCUCUACUUCUCACAUUCUGACGGGACAUGUCUGGAGUCCAAUGCUGGAUACAUGGGAUCACUAUUUAAAGCAAAGACCACGGAGGUCCUGCAGGGGAUUUUUCUUGUCGUUUGUUAGCUUUACUUUUUUCUUUCUUUUUUUUUUUUUUUUUUUUUUUUGCAGCCA